GGUGUGAGGGUGGGCGCCACAUGGCCUUCUAGCUCUAGCCUUGGAGAAAGUCCAGUCUUAUAAGACGGCCACCUUCAGUGGUACCAGCGGAGCUGCCGGUAGUAGGAACUCGUAGCAUGGUGAUUUUUUGCGCACAUUUAAAUGCUUUGACUCAUCAACUUCACGGAUGCCCGGUGGUCAGUCAGUGAGCAUGUCCCACCUUCUCUCUCUCUCAACUGUGCUUUGGUGGCUUUCCCUACCGACACCCUGAUCCUUCAAGCCCAUUAAUUGCGAGCGUUCUUUAUUGAUCCCUGUCCGUGGGUUCUUCAGGCAAAGGGGGAACUGGGAAGAUGGAAGCUUUGAAGUCGUGAAAGAAGAAGAUGGGACUUCUCCUUAGGAUGGGUGUCUUGCCAUUUUGGGUUUUGUUUCUUCUUCGUGUUGUUCGUGCCGCAACGGAUCAAGCCGAUGUUGGAGCCCUUCAAGUUAUCUACAACUCACUGAACCAACCACCUCAGUUAACUGGAUGGAAAACAAGUGGCGGUGAUCCAUGUGGGGAAUCUUGGUUGGGCGUCUCCUGUUCCGGUUCGUCAGUUGUAUCCAUCAAAAUUUCUGGUCUUGGGCUCAAUGGCACGAUGGGAUAUGCACUUGCAAACUUCCUCUCCUUGAGAACGUUGGAUCUCAGCAACAACAACAUACACGAUACAAUACCCUAUCAGUUACCUCCUAACGUAACCUACCUAAACCUAGCACGCAACAAUUUAAGUGGGAAUCUUCCUUACUCAAUUACGACCAUGCUGUCACUUAAUUAUAUGAAUGUGAGCCACAAUUUACUUUCACAGCCAAUUGGAGAUCUUUUCCUUAAUCUUAAUGGUCUCUCUGUCCUGGAUUUAUCUUUCAACAAUUUUACAGGAGACCUUCCUAAUUCUUUGGGUCUGCUGUCAAAUCUUUCAACUCUUGACAUGCAAAAUAAUCAAUUGACUGGUUCAGUUAAUGUCCUUGCAAAUCUGAGCUUAAAUGAACUAAAUAUUGCAAACAACCAUUUCACUGGCUGGAUUCCACAGAAGUUGGUCGGUAUUCCUAAUCUACUGACAGAGGGAAAUAACUUUAAUACUGGCCCUGCUCCUCCUCCACCACCAUAUACCCCUCCGCCUCCAGGUAGCACAGGCAAAAAUCAUGGUACAGGAGCAUCUGCACAUAAGCCAUCAGUUGUUAACAACCAGAGUGGUUCAAAAAGAUUGGCAGCUGGAGCCAUAGUCGGCAUUGUUAUGGGCUCACUUCUGGUGGCUGUAGUUGUUUUAGUUGGCCUUGUCCUUUGUCUACGUAAAAUUCCUAAAGGUGGUCAUGCAAAGGAAACUGCCAUCAGUAAUUCCUUGGAGAUUCAUUCCCUUGGUUCAGUUGCCAACAUGGAAAUACAUGAGCAGAUGGCUAAAGUUGAUCAGUCUGUUACAAGCUUGAAGCCUCUCUCAGCAGACAAAAUGACAGGAGAGAGGUCAGUGAGCAAGACUGCUGCUGGAAAAAGAGGGAAAUCUCCUAUAACUGCAGCCUCUUAUACAAUCGCUUGCCUUCAAACUGCAACAAACAGCUUUAGUCAGGAGUGCCUUGUUGGUGAAGGUUCACUUGGACGUGUAUAUAGGGCAGAGUUUCCUAACGGAAAGGUUCUAGCUGUCAAGAAGAUUGACAGCUCGGCACUGUCCCUGCAAGAGGAAGAUAAUUUCCUUGAAGCAGUAUCAAAUAUGUCACGCUUGAGGCACCCAAACAUUACAGCGUUGCUAGGGUACUGUGUAGAACAUGGGCAGCACCUCCUUGUAUAUGAUUUCUAUGGAAGUGGAACUCUUCAUGAUAUGUUACACUUUACUGAAGAUAGCACUAAGAUAUUGACAUGGAAUGCUCGUGUCAGGAUUGCCCUUGGCACUGCCAGAGCACUUGAAUAUUUGCAUGAAGUAUGUCUGCCAUCCGUUGUACAUAGGAAUUUUAAGUCGGCCAACAUAUUACUUGAUGAUGAGUUGAACCCUCACCUGUCGGACUGCGGGCUUGCUGCACUUACACCCAACACUGAGAGACAGGUUUCAACACAGAUGCUUGACUCUUUUGGUUAUAGUGCUCCUGAAUUUGCCAUGUCUGGAACCUAUACUGUGAAGAGUGAUGUCUACAGUUUUGGAGUUGUAAUGUUGGAACUGUUGACUGGUCGGAAGCCACUGGACAGUUCUAGGCAAAGAUCAGAACAAUCUCUUGUGAGAUGGGCUAUCCCACAGCUUCACGAUAUUGAUGCAUUGGCAAAGAUGGUUGAUCCAGCUCUUAAAGGAAUGUACCCAGCAAAGUCUCUUUCACGUUUUGCUGACAUCAUUGCCAUAUGUGUUCAGGCUGAGCCAGAGUUCCGGCCUCCUAUGUCCGAGGUGGUUCAAGCUUUAGUUCGCUUGAUGCAAAGAGCUAGUGCCAAUAAAAGGCGUUCUAACGAUGAAACGAGCCUCCCCUACAAGAUCCCAGAGCAUGACCCUUCGGACCUGUCCAUUUGAGUAUCCAGAAUGGCAGCAAAAGAGCAUGUGCAGGGUUCUUGGUUUUUCACUGUUCUUUUGCUUGAGCACCCAAAAUCUAUCAGAGCUUGCAUCAGCUUCUGGUUUGGUAAGCACUGAAUCAAGUAUGAUGAAAUGUUGGUCUUCCUCUCCCCGAUAUAUGCUGUGUAUAAGUUUUGUAUUUAUUUUUCAGUUAAUGGCCAAUCUUCCUCCACAAGUACAAUUAACACACAGUUAUUCUCCAUAUCCGGUACUUGCAGUUGUAAUUAUACUUCGUGAAACAUUCGUUUAUUUAAUGAAACACGGCAUCUGGAUUACAAGUAGC